AUGUUACGUCAAACAGUCUGGGGAAAUGCAUUGUUUUCUGGUCUAACUUAUCAUUAUUCACCCGAUCCGACGAUUAAUUAUGAUUAUAACUCAACAAUAAAUCCUCAUGAUUUAAAUCUUGUAUUUUACCCAUAUUAUUAUCACCCUAGCUUUGACACAAACUGUUCAUGUAAAAUCAAUCCAACUACGUGUAAUGUAUUAUCUGAUAUCAGUUAUUGGAACUACACAGUUCUUAAUCAGACGGUACACAAUCUAUUUACUGUUCCUGGUUAUUAUAUUGGCUGUUAUCAGGGUGAAUCAAUGUUUCGUUCUACUUUUGAAUGUUUUUUUGAUCAAACAUGUUUACAAACAAUCUAUAAUUUAACAUAUUUAAAUUCACAAUUUCCAUUUAAUGCAACUGCUAUGCAAUCAAAUAGCACUCGUUAUAAUGUAACAACAAGUGUACAAGAUAUUAUUGAUGAUUUAAUGGUUGAAGAAUGGAAUGAUAAAACAUCAUUUCAAUUUUAUUUUAAACAAUGUAAUCCAUAUUUAUGUUCAUAUUCAUAUGAUAUUAAAGGAGAUAUUAGUUAUGUAAUUGCAAUUACAUUUGGUUUAAUUGGUGGAUUAACAACUAUUUUAAAAACAAUAAUUCCAUUUAUUGUAUUAAUGAUUAGACGAUGGCGACAAAAAAGAAAAAUUGAUAUCAAUCAAUCAAUGAUUAAUCAAGUAUUUUAUGUUUCUUUUGAAAAUAUUACACAUACAAUUACUAAGAAUAAUCCAACAAUUCUUGAAUUUAAUAAACUUUAUAAAAAAUAUCCAAAUACUAUUCAAUGUCCAUGUCAAACAUAUUCAAUUCCAUAUGAACAAUUUAUUGAAUUUCAACCUCAUUUACAUUCAAUUUGUUCAAGUACAUUUGUUAAUGAAACUUCACAAUGGCUUAUAAUUGAUUAUCCGCAAACAAUGUUAAUACAUUCUGCUCGAAAAGAUGAUUUUCGACAAAUUGGAAGUCCAUUUUUUCAACUUUUAAAUUCAUUUUGUAAUUUAUCAUCUAAAACAAUUAAUGCAGAAUUAACAACAUUUAAUUCAAGUAGAUUUAUUACAUUAAAUUUAAUUACAUUUAAACAAUUUCAAACUCAAAUAAAUCAACUAAUUGAUCAAUUUAUAAAAAAUACGGCUCGUUCAUUUAUUAAUUCACUCUUUUUUACAGAAAAUAUGACUGCAGCAAAUAUGUUAGUUUCUGCAUUUCAAUCAGAUUCGUUGUUUUCAUCAGCAUCUCCAUUAUAUAAGGAUAAUACAUAUUCAGAUUAUGAAUAUGCAUAUAUUUAUGAUCGAGUAGAUCAACUAUAUAGUUCAAAUGAGACUGGAAUUGAUUGUGAUUGUCAAAGUACACCAUGGUGUAUUCAACAAGCAAUUGUUUAUGAUUUAGAUACAACAACACAACUGUUUUCUCCACCAGGUAUAUUUGUUGGAUGUUAUCUUGUUGAAGCAGUUUUACAAAGUGAUCUAAGAUGUUUCUUCGAUAUUGAUUGUUUACACCAGUUGAUCGAUAGUUUAUCUUUAGUAAAUAUCAGUGCAUCGGAUAUUAUUUUAAAUUUAACAGCAAGUCAUUAUCAAGAAAAAAGUUCUUUAUUAGAAAUUGUUUCAAACUUAAUGGUUGAAGAAUGGAAUAAUCAAACAUCUUAUGAUAAUUAUUUUAAUAUAUGUCAACCAUCAGUUUGUACAGCAACAUACAUAAACCGUGGAAAUAUUGUUUAUAUUAUAACAACAACUAUAGGAUUGAUUGGAGGAUUAACAACAGUCUAUAAAUUUGUUGUACCAAUAUUUAUAAAGAUUAUGAUGUCAUCAUCAUCAUCAUACGAUUCCAAUCCUCUUUUACAUGCUAAUAUUUUUUCUCGAUUUUUUCAUCAUUGGGUAACUCCUUUAUUAAAAAAAAGUCGUGAAAAUGGUGUAUUACAUUUAAAUGAUCUUUAUGAUCUACCAGCUCAUCUUCAAUCGACAGAACUUACUGAUAAACUUGAAAAAAAUUGGUUUGAUGAAGUAAAACGAUGUCCAAAUAAUCCAAGUCUUAUUCGAGCAACACUACGUACAGUAGGAUGGAAACCAUUUGCUCAAAGUAUUCUUGCAUUUUUAAAUGGAUUGUUUCGAAUUAUUCAACCAUUGAUCUUAACAGUACUGAUGAGUUUCUUUGAACCGUGUUCAUCGAUGCCAUCAUGGCAUGCUUGGCUUCUUGCUUUUGCAACAAUUAUUGCUACAUUAAGCUCAAGUCUUAUUAUUCAUCAAUAUGUUCAUAAAAUUGAUAUAUAUGCUAUGCAAAUCUUUAUAGCUUAUACAGGUUUAAUUUAUCGUAAAGUUCUUCGAUUAUCACUUUACUCAAUGAAUAGUAUUACUUCGGGAGAGAUUACUAAUUUAUUAGCAAACGAUGCAAAUCAAAUUCAACUCGUAGCAAUUUUCUUCAAUGAUAUGUGGAUUGGACCUAUACAUCUCAUUCUUGUCAUUUGUGUAUUCUACUAUUUUGUUAAAUAUAUUGCUUUUAUUGCUAUUGGAUAUUCUGCUUUUCUUCUACUUAUUCAACCAUUAUACAGUCUUAUGUUUGUUUCUAUACGCACAAAAAUUCUUCAAAUAACUGAUGAACGUAUAAAAAUAAUGUCUGAAAUAAUUAAAUCAAUGCGUAUUGUAAAAAUGUAUUGUUGGGAAACAGCAUUUAUUCAAAAAAUUUGUCUUAUAAGAAAACGAGAAAUUAUUCAAUAUACGUUCUAUGCUAUAUGCAAUUGUAUUCAAGUUAUAUUUUCACAUAAUUAUACUACAUUAAUUUUUCUAAUGAUGUAUGGAACAAUGUGGUCAUUAAAUAUAAGAUUGGAUACACGUUUUUUUGCUAUAACUUCUUGUUUGUUGGGUUAUAUGAAAGUAUAUUGUAUUGAAUUCUUUUCAUAUGCUAUUCGUGAUAUUUCAAAUUAUUUAGUUGCUAGAAAACGAAUUGAGAAAUUUUUAUUACUUGAUGAAUGUGAACGAGAUAAUCGAUUAUUAUCAUCAUCUCAUUUAGAAAUUUCAUCAUCGAAUAAGAUAGAAAUAACUAAUAAUAUUACACAAGAGGUGCAAGUUAAAUGUAAUUUGAAAGAAGCACACUGGGAAAAAAAUGGAGUAUUUAAAUUACAAAAUAUUAUUUUUGAUGCUCAUCCAGGCGAUUUAAUCUGUAUUAUUGGAGCAGUUGGAUCAGGCAAAAGUUCACUUUUACAAACAUUAACAGGUGAAAUUGGUUUUUUCGAAGGAAAAGUUCGAUUACAUGGAUCAUUUUGUUAUGUACCACAGGAAGCUUGGAUCUUCUCAUCAACAAUAAAAAAUAAUAUUCUUUUUGGUAAAGAAUAUAAUCAUAAACUAUUUCAACGUGUUAUACAAGCUACAGCACUUGACAUCGAUUUGGAUCAACUAUCUCAAGGUAUUAAUACUCUUGUUGGUGAUCAAGGUGUUAUGUUAUCUGGCGGUCAAAAAGCACGAGUGAAUAUGGCACGAGCACUUUAUCGCAAUGCCGAUAUUUAUCUAUUAGAUGAUCCUCUAUCUGCUGUUGAUGUUAAAGUGUCUAAACAUCUUUUUGAAAAAUCAAUUAAACAUUAUCUUUGUGAUAAAAUAUGCAUUUUAGUCACUCAUCAAAUACAGUUUUUACAAGAUGCAACUAAAAUUAUUGUUCUUGAUAAAGGAAAAAUGGUACAAAUGGGUACCUACAAUGAACUAAUUUCUUCGUCAUCUACGUUUGCUCAUCUAUUGAAAGAUAUUAAUCAACAAGAACAACAACAACAACAACAAAUUGCAGCAAAUAUUCAACAACAACAAUCCAUAAUUAGUUCAAUUCAUUCUGAAAAAGAGGAUGGAGAUGAAGUCAUGAGUAAUAUUGAUACGAAACAACAAGGUGCAAUUAAAUGGACUGUUUAUACUUCCUAUAUAAAAGCGGGUCUUGGUUGUAUUUUCGGUUCUUUCUUUAUUUUAUUACUUUUAACUGCAUAUCAAACAACAUUUAUGUAUAGUAGUUGGUGGAUAGCAACAUGGAGUGAUGAUGAAAGUCAUCGAUAUAGAAAUUAUAACCAAUGUAUAUCAAUUACUAUUGAAAACAGAAGUCAUUUAUAUUUGAUGAGUGAGAAUGAAUGGAAUAUAUAUCGUAAUCAAAAAUUUUAUAGUUAUUGUGGAAUUAUUAUACUACUAUUAAUAUUAACAUUUUUGCGUACUUUUGCAUUAAAAUUAAUGUGUUUAAAUGCUGGACGAGUACUUCAUAAUAAAAUGUUUCGCCGCGUUAUUCGUUGUCCUAUAGCAUUUUUUGAUACAAAUCCUAUUGGUCGAAUUUUAAAUCAUUUUACUAGAGAUAUUCUUAUCAUGGAUACUGAUAUAGUACAGGAUGUUCCAGAUUUUUUAAUUUGUUUAAGUGCAGUAUUAGGAACAGUUAUUUUAAUUGGAUUACUUAAUCCAUGGGCUUUUAUUCCAGCCUUUAUAGGAAUUAUUGGAAUGUUAAUUGUACGUUAUCGUUUUGCUCGAUGUUUUCGUGAUUUAAGACGAAUUACAGAAACAACACGAAGUCCACUAUAUUCAUAUUUAUCUUCAACAAUUCAUGGAUUAAAAGUUAUUCGAUCAUAUCAUGCUGAGCAAAUGUGUUCACAACAAUUUCUUUCAUAUCUUGAUCAAAAUAUUCGAGCUGAUUAUUUAACUAAAGUUGUUGAAAGAUGGGCGGCCAUGCGUUUUGAUUGGACAUCCUUUACAUUUCUCGCUCUCGUUACAUUAUGUUCUAUGCUUGUACGCAUUUAUAAACAAGAAUUAUCCACUGCUGAUAUUGCCCUUACUCUAUCUUAUAGUCUUAAUUUAAUGGGACUUUUUCAAUGGACAAUUAGACAAUCAGUAACAGUUGAAACUCAUAUGACAGCUGUCGAACGAAUCUUAGAAUAUUGUUCACUUGAACAGGAACCAACUGUACAACUUUCGUUAAACAAUCGACUAUCAAAUAAUUGGCCAUCACAUGGUCAAAUUGUAUUUCGAAAUGUAUCGAUGUCAUAUUCAAAUGAUGAUAAGACAUCACUUGUUUUACAUAAUAUAACAUUAACAAUUAAAAGUGAAGAAAAAAUAGGUAUUGUAGGAAGAACUGGUGCAGGAAAAAGUUCUUUAAUUCAAGUACUUUUUCGUAUGGGAAUACUUGUUAAUGGUCAAAUUGAAAUCGAUAAUAUUGAUAUAUCAACAAUUCCAUUAGAUGAUCUUCGAAGUCGAAUAUCUAUUAUUCCACAAGAUCCAGUUCUUUUUACAGGUACAAUUAGAAAUAAUCUUGAUCAAUUUAAUAAUUAUACUGAUCAACAAAUAUGGAAUGUAUUAGAUCAAGUACAAUUAAAAACGUUAGUAAAUGAUACUAUGUCAAAUGGAUUAGAUUCAUUAGUUAGUGAAAAUGGUUGUAAUCUAAGUGUUGGACAAAAACAAUUAAUAUGUUUAGCAAGAGCAAUUUUAAAACAAAGUAAAAUUCUUGUCAUUGAUGAAGCAACAGCUAAUGUUGAUAAUGCUACAGAUGAAUUAAUUCAACAAGCUAUUCGAGAUAAAUUCAAAGAAUGUACUGUAUUAACAAUAGCACAUCGUUUGAGAACAAUCAUUGAUAGUGAUCGAAUUUUGGUACUGGGAAAUGGAGAAGUACUUGAAUUUGAUACACCAUCUUCAUUAUUAGCUAAUUCAAAUUCUUAUUUUGUUUCAUUGGUGGAACAAACUGGUUCAAAUGAAGCUGAGUAUCUGCGAACAUUAGCAAACCGAACGAAUACGAAAAGGAAAUCGGUAGCACAAAAAGCAAUUAGUGAUGAUGAUGAUAUCACACCAAUAAUGAACGAGAAUGAUCCUCUUUUAGUGUGA